AUGACAGAGAAGAGCUAUGGGACUUUUUUGUACCUUUACGGCCGACCUCAAGGAAUCGACAGGGAUGUCAUCCUCUGUGACUACACUGAUGCGAACAGGGAGUUUUUCAUUACGGGUCAAAUUUGCACUCAAAAGGAGAAGAAAUUUACCGCACUGUUCACAAAUGCUGAAGACCGAAACUAUCGCCAAGCGGUGCAGAAAGCCCUUGACGCUGGACUUGGAGAGCUGAAGUCAUACCCUGAAACUGAAACUGAGGAGAAGUGGACAGAGUUCUGGGCGAAACCCGACGGCGCUAACCUCGCACACCUUCUCUCGUCUAACAGCACUAAAGUUGGCUGCGCCAUUGGAACAUGCGCUGCAGCAGCACAAGUGUAUCGAACUUCACAAAGUGCCACAUUUCUUUUUUGUCAGAUGGAGCCUGCAGCAGUGAAAGACAAGGCUCCCUUCGACAAGGAGUAUUACGAAGCGCUCAAAGAACGAAAAACACAAUUGACAGCAAUGACUGACGAGGACCUCAAAGCUCCUGUCCAGGGCGCUGCAGCUGCUGCCGUACCCUCCCUUCUUGUAGCAGGCUUAACUGCUAUAGUGGCAUUUGCCUCUGCAUAG